GUCUGUGCCGUUGGAGCCAUGGCGCCUGCUAGCCUGCUUGCUCUGCUGCUGCUGCUCUUCGGAGGCUUCCCCGCCGCCCCCGCCGAGUCGAUUCGAGAGACUGAAGUCAUAGACCCUCAGGACCUCCUGGAAGGCGGCUACUACUCUGGUGACCUCCCUGACGAUGAAGAUGCUGGAGGCCUCGAGCAGGGUUCGGAUGACUUUGAGCUGUCGGGCUCUGGAGAUCUGGAUGGCACCGAGGAGACCAAGACCUUCCCAGAAGGGAUACAACCCUUGGUGCCUCUACACAACCACAUUCCGGAGAGGGCACAGCCUGGGAUCCGUGUCCCCUCAGAAACCCAGGAGCUGGAGGAAAAUGAAGUCAUUCCCAAAAGGGUCUCACCCUCCGAAGUGGGUGAUGACAUAUCCAACAAAGUGUCCAUGUCCAGCACUGCGCAGGACAGCAACAUUUUUGAGCGAACCGAGGUCCUGGCAGCUCUGAUUGUGGGCGGCGUGGUGGGCAUCCUCUUUGCCGUCUUCCUGAUUCUGCUGCUGGUGUACCGCAUGAAGAAGAAGGAUGAAGGCAGCUACGACCUGGGCAAGAAACCCAUCUACAAAAAAGCCCCCACCAACGAGUUCUACGCGUGAAGCCUCCCAUGAGUGCUGCUUGGACUUAAUGGGGAGGGCAGUCAAAUGAUUGGAUGGUGGGCAUUAGUAGAGGGAGGGCACCUUAAUACUGACUCGUCAGUAUCUCUGUCUCUGGUCACCUCUCUGGUGUCAGCAGAGAGAUCAUCUACUGUGCUGCCUCGCUUGGAUUUGGGGGUAGGGGUAUGUGUGUCGGUUGCUCUGGCAGAAAGAAAGGGUUAAACUUGCCUUUUCUAAAGGCAAGCCUGGGAUUGGUUCAUCUUAUUCCCCCCAGAUUUCCAGAAUAGAAUCUAGGACCCGUGUAGAGCCUGUACUGAAUGUGCCUCACCUAUGACUGCCUUGACUCUGGAAGCCAAGUUGGCUGCCGUCCACAUGCUAAAUUCCCUGCCCAUCCAUCAGGAGCUGGGACAAGAAGCUAGAACCCUCUGCACCUUGAGAUGGUCCACUCAUGAGUGGGUCACACUACAGAGUCUCUAUGAUUUGCCUUGGCCAUUCUAGGUUCUGUCCAGUGACUUUUGGAACUCACUUUU